AUGCCUUCACAGCCCAGCAUGGACGAUCUCAUCGCUCCCCUGGACGCUUCUACCCACCUUAACGAAGAAAACAGAGUUCGUCUUCAAGACAGCCUGUUUGAAGCCGCCGAGGCUCUGGAGACACCUAAUGAUAUGCUCUACCGUCUUCUCAACCAGGGCAGACAGAUGUCAAUGAUCAAGAUUGGAUACGACCUGGAUAUCUUUUCGACGCUUACCAGCCGCGCGCAACCCUACUCAGUAAAAGAACUGGCAGCACCCAAGAACGCCGACCCACUGCUUAUGGCGCGCUUAUUGCGUUUCUUCGCGGCCAACCGUAUGAUAUCGGAAACGAGCCAGGACCAUUUCACCGGGAACAAGUACACCAAGGGUCUGUCCGAUCCUCGAAUCCAGGGUGGACUGCUUCAUGGUGCCGUUUCUCUACUCAAACGACCUGACUUUCUGGGCUUGAACAGUUUCCACAUCAGCAAUCCAACAUGGCAAAGCCUUCCCGAAUAUCUGCAAGAAAACAACUACGAAAACACGACCGGCGGCCAUUGUGCCUGGCACAAGUCCGCAAACACCGAUUUGGAUUUCUUUCCCUGGGCGAAGCAGAACCCUGAUAUCCUGAAAUACUUCCAGCAACUCAUGGGCAUCAUGGGUCUGCCUAGAGACGGCAGCUGGCUCGGUGUCAUCCCCAUUGGAGAUCAGGCGCGAUCUAUUGCGGGGGAUGUGGAUUCUGACCGGAAGGUAUUUGUUGAUAUUGCCGGUAGUGUCGGACACCAGUGUGCGCGGCUUCUUACGCAGCAUCCGGGUCUGGCUGGUCGAGUUGUCCUGCAGGAUCUGGAGGAGACUUUUGAGCGGGCGCCGAAGAUCCAGGGAGUGGAUUUUAUGGUGUAUGAUUUCUUUACAGAGCAGCCGGUCAAGGGUGCCAAGUACUACUACCUGCGCAUGAUCAUCCAUGACUGGGAGGAUGAUAAGGCAGUGCAGAUUUUGAAGAAUAUCGUGCCGGCCAUGGCGGAGGAUUCUCAGAUCCUCAUUGACGAUAUUGUUCUUCCUAAUACCGGGGCUCAUUGGUGGAGUACAUGUAUGGACAUGCAAAUGUAUAUCAUGCAUGGUGCAAUGGAGAGGACGGUUGACCAGUGGCAUGCGCUUUUGGAUAGGGCGGGCUUGAAGGUGGUGGACAUAAAGACGUAUGGCGCUGUGAUGCGGAACUCGGUGAUCGUUGCUGUACCCAAGUAA